UACAGGAACUGCUGGGGAUACAUAGUCUGACACCAAUCUGGGGGAAGGAGCAAGAAAGGAGAUUUACCAAAGGAGGGUGUGGGGAGAUCUUGAGGAAUUUAGUCCUCUAUCCCUUUUAAUAAUGAUUCUUUUUAAUAAUAAUAAUUACUAGUGGUACUACAAGGGAGAGGGGAGUCGUUGGAUACUUAUCAAGAAAAAGGAAAAGUUUCUCUGCACUUGCACAGUCUUCAGUCUCUACUAGAUCGACAAGAGCAAGGGACUUCUAGAGGGCUUCUGGGACCCACAUCUGACAGCUUUUCCCGCAGAUCAUUAGAUCACAAAGGAGGAAGAUGAUGAGCGGUGGGGGAGCUGGUGGAGGAGAAGUGGUUUGUUCUGGCUGGCUCCGCAAAUCCCCUCCGGAGAAAAAGUUGAAGCGUUUCGCAUGGAAACGGAGAUGGUUUAUACUUCGCAGUGGACGUCUAACAGGAGACCCCGAUGUGCUGGAAUACUACAAAAAUGACCAUGCAAAAAAACCAAUUCGGAUUAUUGACUUAAACUUGUGUGAACAGGUUGAUGCUGGAUUAGUGUUCCAUAAGAAAGAGUUUGAAAACAGUUACAUUUUUGACAUCAAGACCUUCGACAGAGUCUUCUAUUUGGUUGCUGAAAGUGAAGAGGAAAUGAAUAAGUGGGUUCGAAAUAUAUGUGACAUCUGUGGGUUCAAUCCUACUGAAGAUGUUGUGAAGCCUCCUGUUUCUCUGAGUGCACCCAUUGAGAUGCCUUUGGCGGUGAGCUCAGAACCCACCACAUCACACAACUCCCUACCUCCAUCCUACCAGCUCAUCAGUGUACCAUCAUUGGAUUCUUCAUUGGGCCAAGAUGAACCUCCGGACUACCUACACUUGUAUGACUGUCAAAGCAGAAAGCCAGAACCAUUUAGAAAAAUAAAAGUAUGUUGACAGUGGGAAGUUUUUCGAAUGAGGAGCUAGAUGAAAACUAUGUACCAAUGAACCCCAACUCUCCUCCUCGGCAGCAUUCCAAUAGUUAUACAGAACCCAUCCAUGAAACUAACUAUGUCCCUAUGACUCCAAGCACAUUUGACUUCUCUACAUUUGGAAUGCAAGUUCCUCCUCCGGCCCACAUGGGUUUUCGGUCUAGCCCAAAGACACCUCCAAGGAGGUUGGUGCCAUCUGCUGAUUGCGAGCCUCCACCAGUUGAUCGUAAUCUUAAACCACAUAGGAAAGGUCAAAGCCCUAAAGUUUUAAGACCUAAAGCUCAUGGUUUAGAGCGAACUGAUUCACAAACCAUAGGUGAAUUUUCCACAAAAAAAAGGGUUAAGCCAGCUCCCCUGGAAAUAUUGCCCUUAACUGAGUGUGAUGAAUUGCUGAUGCAGACACCAAUACGAUCCCCAGUAACUAGAAGCUUUACACGAGACUCCUCCAGGUUCCCUAUGCCUCCCAGACCGGAUUCAGUACAUAGCACAGCUUCCAGCAGUGACUCGCAGGACAGUGACGAACAUUAUGUACCCAUGAACCCAAAUCUUUCCACUGAAGACCCAAAUUUGUUUGGAAGCUCUAACCUUGAUGGUGGGAACAGCCCUAUGGUGAAGCCCAAAGCAGACAAGCAAGUGGAAUAUUUGGAUUUGGAUCUUGACACUGGGAAAUCAACUCCCACACGAAAUAAGAAAAGCAAUGGGUCUGGAAGCAGUGCCGCAGAUGAAAAGGUAGAUUAUGUUGUGGUUGACAAACAGAAGACUCUUGCACUGAAAAGCACCAGAGAAGCAUGGACUGAUGGGAGACAGUCCACUGAAUCAGAAACGCCAACGAAGAGUGUAAAGUGACCGUUUCCAGAUUCAAAGGACUUCUUUCCUGUUAAUGAUAGCGGUGUGAUUGAAGGGUCACACUAUGGAACACCGUAAAGCGCAAAAUAUUCUGGAAUCCUAAAUCCUACACAACAUUUCAGAUAGAUCAGUGAGAUGAACUGACUUGUGCUUUGUGCUAUCGUGUAGAGCUCUGACUGUGUAAAUAAUGUACUAUGUACAAAAAUAUGGUCUCUAAAAAACCAUUUGUUUAAUAUGUUUAGCCAUCUUUUGUAGUAUUACUAUAUUUAUGCACUUUUGCUGUUCAAGCAAUUGUUCAGGUAUUUAACACUUCUUGUUAUUAACACUGCUUAGUUUUCUUUCAAAUUUGAUUAUUUUUAAAUGUAACUUUAUACACUAAUACACACACUAAUGCAAUUUUACAUGAACUGCAUAAGUACCAGUUACACCUCCUAUUAAAUUGCAUAUUCUGAUAGGCCAGUCACUUAAAAUGACUUAAAGGGACGUGAAACACUUUGAGAUGUUAAUAUAUCUUUUAUUAUGUUUACUAAAACUGUGCAUCAUACUUUCAUUAUUUAUUUUUCCCCUCAAAACAUUUUUUGCAAUUCCUGCAAAAUAUGGAAGUUUAUACUGCAGAUUUCACAAGCCCAACCAUUAUGCACUGUCAUUACUUGAUUGCCAAACUCAUCUAUAUGUGUCCCUAAUUAGCCUUAACAGGGGAGAUAAGGGUACUGCAAAACGAUGCAACUUUUGAUAACAAAAUGACAGCAGUGAACUGUGUCGAAUCCAGUAAGAAAAUUAGCUCCUAUAAGUGAGGGGGGGGGGGGAGGGAGAGUUUGGCCAUUGAAAACUAAUUGCAGCAAGUGGGGUGUUAAUGUAUUUGGAAAAAAUACAUUUGACUAGUAUGUGAAUUUAUUACAAGAUUACACAAAAUUCUGGCAAUUUACAAGGUGUUACAUGUUGCUUUACGUCUUAUUAUUUUACAUUUUUAUUUUUUAUUAGGCUUUUAACUUUAAAAUAAAAAAAUCAUUUUCUGUAUUGUUAUGAUGUAUACAUUUCUGAGCCUAGAGUUUAGGCCUUCAGGGAGGGCCGGCCUUUCCUCUUUAUUUUUUUUUAAGGUUAUAUUAUUGAGGCCAGAAGUUGGAAGAAUAUAAUUGGUAUCAAAACAUUGCAGGAUAUUUUCCUCACCACUGAAAGUUUUGUGAAUAAAGUAUUUGGUAUCAAUUAUUUAGACUGUUUGGAGCCUGUCCCCCCAAAAUCUUUGUUUGGAGGUCGGGGCUGGUGCUUUUUAUACUACUUAAAUGUAAAUGGUUAUCCAGAUUUAACUAUCACUGACCUUAAACUAUUGUAGAAGCAGUUUCAUAGUAUAAUACUUGAAACGUGCAAGAGAGAGCAAAUAAAGCUAAAAACUGUAAUAUAUAACAAAUGUAUUUACUUAGAGGUUGUAUUGAGCAAUGUUAGUCCUUUCUCUGAUAAAGUGUAUUUUUUAUUACAUGUUUUAUUUUGGUCAGUGAAGAUUCUGCAGGGUGGGAUCUUACACUUGGUGAGAGAGACUUAAAAUAAUGAACAAUGACUAACCUGCACAUCGCAGACGGUGUGUUGUCAUAUUUUAUUUUCCUCUGUGAUCACAUUCAAGUAGCAACCUUUUUACAUUACUUACAGAAGGUAGAUUAUUAUUAAUCAGGUACGUACUGAGCAUUGCUGUGCUAAUACACUGAUCAGUUUUACAGUGAAACAGAAGCAUGUUGUUUGUAGACAUUAUUAUAAUCUAAUGUUUCAUUAAGACAUCUGCCAUUUCUUUUUAUAGUACUAGUACAAUACUGUGAUUUUAUUUUUUAUUAUAAUAACCAAUGAUAAGAUGGUUUGAUGCCACUGUGCCAUUAAUAUUGGUUCACUGUACUUUUAAAACCUGUUUUGCCUUAUAUUUAAAUUUUCUAUGCAACUUGUUUGAUGAAAAAAAAGUUUUUUUUUUAUUCAAGUUGCAGAUUCAUUUCUUUUGAAAUUCCGUCAUUGUUCUGUAAACUGGUCCCAUUCUGGAUAAAAACGACAUAUGGAACAUUUUCACUCAUAUUACUAAGGGGUCAUCUAAUUUAGCAAUAUUUAGUAGACAAGCAUUUUAUUCUCCAGAAGCUGAUAAUGGGCAUAUGUUAAAAAAAAGUAUCUAUAUAUGUAUUCCCUGAUAUGCAGACUCACUUUAUUUUAUCUCUGCUAAAGUGCAUAGUACUACUGGUAUAAGAAACAUAAGCAUUAAGUAAUGUUUGAUGCAUUACUCUUGCAACAUUGGUAAGCUGUAAAUAUCAUAAAGCAUUAAAUGCAUUUUGAAUUUGGGAGCAAGAUAUUUGCAGCAUGUUCACUCUAUCCAAAAUUAAAAAGGGAUAAAAAAAAAUCUUGAGAUUAUAAUGUUAAAUGUUUAAUUAUGCAUAGCAACAAUUUUUUUAAACAGUUUUUAAAUUAUUUUUUUAUUUUGCCCUACUUUCCAUAAUUUAACUUCUGAGAAUUGGAAGUGCACACUACAGAAUUCACAAGCCUAGUCAUUCUACAUAUCUGUCCAUUAUGGCCUCAGCAGAAUAGAAUAGAUAAGCAACAUGCAUGAUUUGCAACAAAAUGGCAGUGGCAAGUCUUGCCUACUCCAGCAACAAGUCUUGAUUUGCUCUUUCUAAUAAGGCAAGGGUAGUUUAGAUAUUGAAAAACAAUUGCAGCAAACAAGGUGUUAAUCUGCUGUAAAAACCUUCACACUUGUGUGUUAUGUUAAUCCAUUGCAAAAAAGAAAAGUACAAGUUGUGAUAUGUCCCUUUUUUAUUUUUUUUAUUACGCAAGGCCCUGACAAAAUAGAUUAACACAAUUGGUGCUUCCUUAUACAAAAUGGGAACUUGGUACUUGAAUUUUAUGGAAGAGAUCAGAAAUGUUUUGAUAGUGAUUCCUCCAUAAGGAAAUCUUAAUAUUCAUGUCAACAUUUUUUUUUCUUUUGUAUGUUUAUGUAUUGUUUAAAACUUGGGUACUAAGAAUUGGCACAUGAAAGAGCAUUGUACGUUUCACAACCAUUUCUUUGUUUUAAAAAUAAAUUUGUCAUGUUCAUUUGUA